UAAACUGUCAGGUAGUCAACAUUGACACCUGUCAAUUAAUUACAACCAACUUGACACUUCCACUCCAAAAUACCGAAAAUUUCAAUUACAUUUCCCAUUAAUGAGUCCAUUUAGUCCAUUUACACACACAUCCCAGCCGGCCGAAUAAAGCGCACCAAAGGCACCAUGUCGUCGGAUUCCGAUCGCCUGCGGAGCGAGAUCGAAAGACUGACGCGCGAAUUGGACCAGGCGAGCAGCGAGAAAGUCCAAUCGGCCCAAUACGGGCUCGUCCUGCUCGAAGAGAAGAAGGAACUCCAGCAGAAAUGCGACGAACUCGAGCUCCUCUACGAGAACGCCAAGCACGAGCUGGGCAUCACCCAGGAGGCGCUCGCCAAGUUCCAAACCAGCCACAAAGUCACCACCAAAACGGGCAUCGAGACCGAGGAAUCCCUGCUCAACGAAUCGGCCGCCCGCGAGAGCUCUCUCACCCUGCAAAUCCUCGAUUUGGAGAACGAAGUGAAGCAGUGCAGGCACGAAUUGGAGCGCGUCACCGCCGAGCGGGACCGCAUGCUCCAGGAGAACACCGACAUGGGCAAGGACAAGGAGGACAGGCACAUGGAGUGCAAGAAACUCCGGGCGGAAUUGCGCGAGGUCAAAUUCCGCGAGAAUCGACUCAUAGCCGAUUACUCGGAGCUCGAAGAGGAGAACAUCGCCUUGCAAAAGCAAGUCUCCGCAUUGAAAAGCUCCCAGGUGGAGUUCGAGAGCCUCAAACACGAAACCCGUCGACUGCACGAGGAGAUGGAGCUGCUCAAUUUACAACUCGAAGAGGUCGGUAAUUUGAAGAAGAUCGCCGAGAAACAUAUGGAAGAGGCCCUCGAAUCCUUACAGAGCGAACGGGAGGCGAAGUACGCCCUGAAGAAGGAGCUCGACCAGCAGAUCAACCGCGAAUCGUUCUACAACAUCAACAAUCUGGCGUACAGGAUACGGGGCAUGUCGAGCGACGACGCCAUCGGCAGCGAUUGCGAGGACGAUCUGCCCGGCCUCAAACACAUCGAGGCGACCAUUUGCGGCGAGGCGCAAUCGCCCGACGGCAAGCAGGUCGAUCUCUUCUCCGAGGUGCACCUCAACGAGCUGCGCAAGCUCGAGAAGCAACUCGAGCAGCUCGAAAAGGACAAGUCGACGUUGACGCAGAACCUGCGAGACAACCAGGGAUCGGUGGAGAAGAGCCAAGGGGAGUUGCAGGUGUUCGUGGCGCGGCUGGUGCAGCUCGCCGCCCACGUCGAUUCGCUGCAGCACCUCGCCCAGAUCACGGACAAGAGCGUGUCGAAGCAAACCGAUGAGGCCGCCCGUUGCCUGCAACAGUACCGACAGUGGUUCAAGAUGUCCGCGAAGGAGAUCGAUCUGUUGAAGCGCGACAUCGAAGAGCUGGAGAAUCUGGCGAAUAUUUCGGAUUCGACGUUGCAGUUGCGCGGCGAGAUCACCAAUUUGAAGAACAGAUUGUUCGACGCCGAACAGAAGUCGAUGGAUUUGGACGGCGAUCUGAGGUUGCUGCGCGACUUCGCCUGCGAGGCCGGCACUUGCUUGGACGACAGCCAGAACGCGUUGCAGGGGAUCUCCGAGGAUCUGGCGCAGUUGUAUCAUCAUUUGUGCACCGUUAACGGCCAGACGCCGUCCCGGGUGAUUUUGGAUCACGAAAAGGAAGCCCAAACGCCGAUGACCGAAACAGCGCCGCCCAUCGGCGAGAUGUCGAAGAUCGAAUUGCUGAGGAGCCGAUUGAAGAGCGACAUUCCCCUGCACGAUUUGGAGCCCCUGAACGAUUCCACCGUUCUAUUCAGAAACGUCGCGACGAUCGUCGAUCAAAUAAAACACCUGCGAGCAGCCGUAGAGAACACCAUCGAGCUGUCGAAGAACAAACGCAACACCACCGAAGGCUCCUACGAAUCUCUGCGAGACGAAUCGAGCGAAUCGGAGAUACAGGAGCUCCAAGAGCAAGUGGUGCGAUUGAAGAGCCUUUUGUCGACGAAACGCGAGCAAAUCGCCACCCUUCGUACGGUGCUCAAGUCCAACAAGAACACCGCCGAAGUGGCGCUGACGAAUCUGAAGGGGAAAUACGAGAACGAAAAGACCAUCGUGUCGGAGACCAUGAUGAAGCUGCGCAACGAACUGAGGCUGCUCAAAGAGGACGCCGCCACGUUUUCCAGUUUGCGCGCCAUGUUCGCCGCCCGCUGCGAGGAGUACGUGACGCAGGUGGACGAGCUCCAGCAGCAACUCGGCGCCGCCGAGGACGAGAAGAAGACGCUGAACCAGCUGCUGAGGCUGGCCGUGCAGCAGAAAUUGAACGUGACGCAGCGCUUGGAGGAGCUCGAGGUCGACAGGGAGAUCCGGAACGCCGCCCGCCGCCCCAACAACAGGAAUUACGCGAGAGGAGGCGGCGGCGGCGGCGGAGGCAGGGCGGGAGGGGGGCGUGACGUGUUCUAGCGCAGGUCGAGGAUUUCCGUCGAUUGGUCGGCUUUCCUCGCCGCGUUGUUUCGAUUGUGAAAUGGCGGGGAAUGAAAUUUGUGAAAUGGAAGGAUCAAUCGCUCGCUCUAUUCGCUGUCUUUCUUUAGAUUAAGCGAUGGUAAAGGAGAGAGAAUGUGAGCGAUUGAUCCGGCGAUUGAAUUUUGUUUCUGCGCGAUUGUUGUUCAUUUUUGUAGGUGGUGGGUGUGUAAAUUGUAUUUAGCUGCGCAGCUUCGGGUGAUCGAACAUCAUCGGGGUUAAUCGGGUUCGCCUCGUUCCUUUUUUAGUACUCGUGUGGAUGGUAAAGGAGCGAGAGUGACGGGUAUCGACCAUCGUACUUUGCGAUGUAAUUGAAUUAAAUAGAUAUUUUUGUAACGUUGGAGGAUUAUACAGGAUGGUCGAAGGUUUGUUGGAUUGUUCGAUUGUUCGAUAGGUGUUUUAACAAAAAUAAGAUGAUUCGGAAUUGGGAAUUUCGAUCGUCUUCGUCCAACGUCGGGAAAUUGUUAUUGAAUUUUUCGAAUUAAUGUUUGUUUGUUUGUUUUUAUUACGUGUGAUAUACAGGCAGUCUAUUUUAUAAUUUUUAACGUUAGUCUAGUCUAAUUUUAUUUAAUCGUAAUAACGAAAUUCCGCACUAAUUGGUUUGUUUUUUAUUCGAACCGUACUGUACAUAUAAGUAGAUGUUUUUUUUAUAUUUAUAUUAAUCGAGCUAUAUUUAUUUACUUCAUCGUAUUUACAUUUACAUUUACAUAGAGGAAUAAUUUAUUACUAAUUAUAUUACUAUUAUAUUGCGAAAUAAGUGCAACGUUUCGAUCUAUUGAUAUUUAUUUGAACUAAUUGUUGAUAAAUUUAGAGAAAAAAAAGAAUAUAAACGAAUAGAGAGUGUAAUAGUUUGCGCAAUCAAGGCGAUUCUAAAUUGAUUCUCGAUCGAUCUAGAUAUCUUGAUCUUCCGUUGGUUCUGUGUCCAUAAAUAAUAAUAAUAAUUUGAUCGUUUGUCCUAUUUCCGAGCCUAAUGGACCACACGGAGAGCCUCAUCCCGUCCCUCAUGUUAAAUUUACAUUCGUUGGAACUGCGACAAUUUCGAAAUUGUUUUGCUCAUUCGAGAGGUUGGGUUUUUUUUUGAUUGAUUAUUUUUUCGAUCCCGAAACUCAAAAGUUUGUUUCUGUUGAAAAUGGCGUUUUUCGGAUCACCAUUAAUAACUUGUUAUAGUGAUAACUUGAUAAGAUGAAUUUGCCGUACGUGAAAUACCGUUGUUAAAAUUUAGUUCGUUUUUUAAUGUGAUCGAUGUUACUUAAUAGUACCUAAUA